AUGGUCCAUCUGCUCUGCGCUAGAGGCUUUGGCAUUUUCGUGUUUCCCGACGUCCGGUUCGAGAACGAGGCGCUGGUCUUUGACGACGAGAGGCGCCUCAUACGCCUUGAAGCUCCCAAGCGCCACUUUGAAAGGGCCAACGCCGAGGCAAAGGGGGACCCGGAACUGACGUGGAAGAUCAUGGGCCACACAUCAGAGACGGCUCUCGACCAGUACUCUGAACGACACGAGCUCACCCUGAACAUGAUACUGGACGACAUCACAAACACCUUGCGCUACAUGAAGGCAUAG